CUUUCUCUCUUUCUAUCUUGAGAGUUUCUUUCAUGUGAAGCCACUCUUCUUCUUUUUCAUCAACCACUGUAUCUGUAUUUACACUUCUCUGCAACUUUUGAUGCUGUCACGGAAAAGCACUUUCGCCGCUCCUUUAUAAGUAACAACCCCUCGCCUCCUCCAUUGUCAAAAAAUGAAGCAUUUCUCGACGAAUUCCCGCGCAUACGGCGUCGUAUUGCUGCUAUCCCACAUGAUCGCCGCCGCGCAUUCCAUGCUCCACCCCGUCGAUUUCCUCGCCCUCCAAUCGAUUCGGAAGAGCCUGAGCGAUCUGCGCGGCUCCAACUACUUCGCCUCUUGGGAUUUCACGUCGGACCCCUGCAAUUUCGCCGGCGUCUACUGCGACGGAGACAGAGUGAUCGCGCUCAACCUCGGCGAUCCCCGGGCCGGAUCCCCCGGUCUCACGGGUCGGGUCGACCCGGCUAUCGGCAAGCUCUCCGCCCUAUCCGAAUUUACCAUCGUUCCGGGUCGGGUCUUCGGGCAACUCCCCCACACUCUCUCCCAGCUGAAAAACCUGCGUUUUCUAGCAAUCAGCCGCAAUUUCAUCUCCGGCGAAAUCCCGGCGGGUUUGGGGCAGCUCCGCGCGCUGCAGACGCUCGAUUUGAGCUUCAACCAGCUCACCGGAGCCAUCCCUUUCUCAAUCGGAGCCUUGCCGUCUCUCUCCAACGUCAUCCUCUGCCACAACCGCCUCGCCGGUUCGGUCCCCCGGUUCACUUCCCGAGCCCUAACCCGGCUCGAUUUGAAGCACAACGAUCUCUCCGGCUCCCUCUCGCCGGCCGGACUGCCGCCGUCGCUCCAGUACCUGUCUCUGUCGUGGAACCGGAUCACCGGCCCGGUGGACCGGGUUUUAUACGGGUUGAACCGGUUGAGCUACGUAGACCUGAGCUCGAACCGGUUCACCGGCUGCAUCCCGGGCAAAAUAUUCAGUUUCCCGAUCAGCAAUCUCCAGCUCCAGAGAAAUGAAUUCUCCGGUCCGGUCCAGCCUCUGGAGCAGGUGAGAAUCCCCACCGUCGAUCUCAGCUUCAAUCGGCUCUCCGGGGGGAUAUCGCCGCUUCUGUCGACGGUUCAGAAUCUGUAUCUGAAUAACAACCGGUUCACGGGCGAGGUGCCGGUCAGCUUCGUGGACCGGUUGUUAUCGGGCAGCAUAGAGAUUCUUUAUCUACAGCAUAAUUAUCUGACCGGAAUCAGGAUUAAUCCAAGGGUGGAGAUUCCGCUGAGCACCUCUCUAUGCCUACAGUACAACUGCAUGGUGCUGCCCGUGCAGACGCCCUGCCCGUUGAAGGCUGGGAGGCAGAAGACGAGACCGACGUCGCAAUGCAUUCCGUGGAAAGGGUAGAAUGGGGAUUUCUACUUUUUUUGAAGAAUAAUUUUGUGGAUUAUUAUUUCAUUAUUUUUGGGGAUUACUAAUUACUAUUGGUGACGCUAAGCUUAUUUGUAAUUAAAAACACUUAUUAAUACUUAUAUAGCUUUAUUUCAUUUUCU